AUGUCCUUGACGUCGGACAAUGAUAUUAUUUGGCCAUGGCAAUACAAGUUCCCGCCGUUCUUCACUCUUCAACCAAAUGCUGAGACCCGUCGCAAACAAAUAAAUGCGUGGUGUCAGUUAGUCCUUAAUUAUUUUCAAAGUAAAAAGCAAUUCUCACUGAGUGUUGCAAGUAUUCGUGAUCCCUCCUGUCCUCUCUUUAAUAACAAAAGUAUUCAGCGCUCAGCAAGCCCAGAAUUGAUCGACCUCAUUUUGACUGAAUUGCAUAAGCGUGGUAAUCUUGAGUGGGUUGACAGGUCUCAUACCAAUGCCAAGAUUAUAUGGCGGACUCCUGAAGAAUGGGCUGAUAUUAUAGCGAAGUGGGCCCGAUCCACUGGUCACGGAAAUUCAGUUUGCACAUUUUACGAGUUGACUGACGGUGACGAUACAAAGCAAGAAGCUUUUCAUGGUUUAGAUGUAUCUGUCUUAACAAAUGCAUUAACUGUCCUUCAAAAACGAGGCCAAGCUGAAAUAAUGGAAGAUGAAGGUGUAAAGUUUUACUGUUAG